AUGGGCAACGACGGUGGCUCGAUCCCCAAGCGCCACGAGCUCGUAAAGACCAAGACGACCCGCUCGCGCGACUCGGACGCCGCCCUCACCCACCAGCAGUGGGCCUUCUGCGCCCUGUCCAAGCAGCCCCUCCGCGCACCCGUCGUCGCGUGCCCGCUCGGCCGCAUGUACAACAAGGACGCCCUCAUCGCCCACCUCCUCGCCCCGUCACCCGCCGCCAGCCCUUACGGCCUCGACGGCCACCAGGUCGCCGGCCACAUCCGCUCCCUGCGCGACGUCGUCACCCUCCGCCUCACCCCCAACCCGGCCCUCGACACCUCGUCGCGCACCGCCGCCGACAAGGACGACGAAGCGACCCUCGCCGGCGCCGCAGGCGCGUCGGACCGCCCACCGCCCGCCGCCUUCGUGUGCCCGGUCUCGCUCCGCGAGAUGAACGGCUCGGUCCGGUUCGUGUACCGCGUCCCGUGCGGCUGCGUCGUGUCCGACUCGGCCCUGCGCGAGCUGCGCCGCAUCGACCCGACCCCGUCGACGUCGACGUCGUCCUCGCCCGACGACGUCAGCGGCGGCGGCGCGCGCGCGUGCCCCGUCGACGGCGCGCCCGACGACGAGGCGAGCGCCGCCCGCGCCGAGCAGUACGUCCCGCUCAACCCCAAGGGCGAGGAGCUCGAGCGCAUGCGCGAGGCGUGGGACGUCCAGAAGGCGCGCGACAAGGAGGACAAGCGCCUCGCCAAGAAGAAGCGCAAGGCGGCCGCUGGCGGCGACGGCGACGAGGUGGUGGCGGCGGCGGCGGCGGGCGAGGGCAGCAAGAAGGCGCGCAAGGCCGACACUGCGGCGGACGUGCGUGCGGCGGCGGCGGCGCACGCGCCCGCGGUCAAGGCGGGCGCGAGCGUGCCCCAGUUGUCGGCGACGCUCGCGGCCAAGCUCGCCGACGAGAAGCGCAAGCAGAGCCCGGCGAUCGCGAGCCUGUACGUCAAGAAGGGCGAGGACGAGAUGCGGGACAAGGACGGGAGGAGCAACUGGAUGACGAUCGGCUCGUACUCGCGGUUCUGA